AAUGACUGUGCCCCCGCGCCUAUUCUUUCACGAAGCUCGGCAGCUGCUGUGAGCAGCAGGAUGCGCUCUGUUGUGAAACAUCGCGAGAAUUGGACGGGAGCCAGCUGUCUCGACUCGCUUGUGGCAUCGGAUCUCGGCGAAGGAGUGCUGCGUUUUCUGAAUUUUCAAGAGUUUCGCAAAAUUGCGCACCAAUAUUUUGAUUUUAUAGGUUUCCUGGCCGGCUUGUCAUAGCUGCGUCGGACGGUGGCAUUCAUGUAGAGGACCGUAAGGAGUAUUUGGCACGGGAGAAAGCGGACCAGAGGGAAGGAAGGUUUCAAAAAAAUUGCGACGAAGGGAAAUUGGUUCACCCACCGGAUUGAGGUAGCGAAGAUUAAUGGUGGGGAGGAUUUAGUCCUGAGGUGGAAAAGAGAGCUCAGUUCAAUCAGCUCGAUCUCAGUUCAUCACCAUAACACGUCAUGCAAUCAGGUCUCUAUGAGUUCACUCGUGUGGUACUUCUAUCAGGAAUUCGUCGAUAUCCGACAGGCAGGCCAGGAACACAAUAGUAACACGGUUUUCGGCUUCUCAAAAGCGACACAUUGAGCUUCGUACCACCUGGUUCAAGAUAAGCGGGCUGUCUCAUCCAAUGCCUUCUUCUUCCUCUAACAAUUCAACUCAGAAAUUUGGAAGUACCAGCUUCGAGGAUACAGGUUUACAUGCCCAAAUUAGUCUUCUUCCCAAAAUGGCCGAGCACUCGAGCAAAUCCACGGAGCUCCAAAUCGCCGUGAUCAGAACCACUACUGAAGAAGUACAAUCAAGAGACUCUGUUCCAGAUUGUGUGGACGUUGAUCCUGGCACUCUCGAAACGACCUUAUCAAUGUCUGGGAUUCAGUCUCUCAAAAAAUCAUGUUCCUUCUCAUCUGUUCAACUUCCACCAGAGUUGAUAGCAAUCAUACUGUCCAAACUUCCUUUCCCACAGAUAUUUCAGGUGAAGACAUUGUCCACAUCCUGGUAUACUAAGCUCCCGAGUUUAAGACGGCCGCUGUUCAUGCCUUCCUUGGUCCAGGAACACGAGAAUUCUUCCAACUUGUCCCAGCUUGAUGUCAGUUCCAAUUGGUGUACGUAUUGUCCAGUAUUUGUGUCUGGACAGGAAAUGGUGGGGUAUGAACGAGCCCACAAACGGUGGAGAAAAUUACCUAUUCAUAUCAAAAUCCCCAUCCAGCAACAACAAUCCCCAUCCAAAGCUCCCUUUGUGGGGUUCACUGUGAACUUCGUCGGACCCAUUAUGUUCGUGUAUCGUCUAGGUUUGGAGGAGUCCAAGAUGAUGGUGGCCAAUCCGUUGAUUGGCUGUUGGACAAAGAUGGAAGGCGCCCCAACAUACCAUGAGUCAUCUUGUGUAUGCAAGGUCGGCUCAGAAGAUUACAAAAUCGUUAUCCACCAUCCUUGGCAACAUGGUGAUGGAUAUGUGAGGUUUGAGACCAGAGUUUUUGACUCCAAAACCAAGACAUGGACCAGAGGGCUAGCUGUCCACCGAUCGCUUGUAAACGAUGGAUCAGUAGACUACGGUAAGAAUUUUCUUUACUGUGCCCACAAGGACGGAGUAGUAUACUGCACGCUGACAAGUUUUUGGAGUAGAAGACUGGAGCUUUGGCAGUACAAUAUUGACACUGGUCUUUGGGCAAACAUACCAUUAGAUACGAGAUUUGAAGAAUAUGAGUUCCAGACUUGUGGCCUUUUUUCUGUUGCAUCCCAGAUUUUGUUGGUCACCAUGAUAGACAGGACAUACACCAACCGACAUUCCAUUUAUUACUCCGAGUCUGCCAGAAUUUACCGUUUAGACAUGAAAACUCUCCAGCUAUCUGAGCCAUGGAAGAGUCCUCCGAUGUUAACCAGAUUUUGUACUUCCAACAACAAUCACUCGAGGAUCGUCUGUGAUGACGAGUGUCUCUACUUCAUCAGAGAAAUUAGACGUCCAGGUCAGGGUUCCUUUCCAAUCGAGAUGUGGAGUUAUCAUGUGUCUACAGAGACUUGGAGUAAUGUGUCUUCUCCUCCAAAGGAAUACUUCAAACUUUGUAGUUUUCUGAAAUUGGCUGAUGGGAGCUUUACACCGGAUUUAAAGCGGUACGCCAGCCUAUAGCUUAGGCCAAAUUUAUACAGAAUCUCUUAAUAUAUCAAAGCCUUUGUAACAUCUGUACGAAGUUUUCCGGUAUCAUGACUGUGAAC